AUGACUCCUGCUUCCCUGGCCACCCUCAGCUCAGCAGGGACCCAGGAGCCCCAGUGCCAUGGCAACACCUUCCAUAAGUGGCUCCUGAAUGUGUCUUUGAUCCCUGAGGCCAGCGCUGGGUCUGUCCUGGUUACCACGUGGCUGGCGCCCUCCCUGCCCUUUGCUAUCCUGACGCUGGUGAACGCCCCGUAUAAGCGAGGAUUUUACUGCGGGGAUGACUCCAUCCGGUACCCCUACCGUCCAGACACCAUCACCCACGGGCUCAUGGCUGGAGUCACCAUCACGGCCACCAUCGUCCUCGUCUCUGCCUGGGAAGCCUACCUGGUGUACACAGACCGGCUCUAUUCUUGCUCAGACUUCAACAACUACGUGGCUGCUGUAUACAAGGUGCUGGGGACCUUCCUGUUCGGGGCGGCCAUGAGCCAGUCUCUGACAGACCUGGCCAAGUACAUGAUCGGGCGUCUGAGGCCCAACUUCCUAGCCGUCUGCGACCCCGACUGGAGCCGGAUCAACUGCUCAGUCUAUGUGCAGCUGGAGAAAGUGUGCAGGGGAAACCCUGCGGACGUCACCGAGGCCAGGUUGUCUUUCUACUCAGGACACUCUUCCUUUGGGAUGUACCGCAUGAUGUUCUUGGCGCUGUAUGUGCAGGCACGGCUCUGUUGGAAGUGGGCGCGGCUGCUGCGACCCACAGUCCAGUUCUUCCUGGUGGCCUUUGCCCUCUAUGUGGGCUACACCCGCGUGUCUGAUUACAAACACCACUGGAGCGAUGUCCUUGUUGGCCUCCUGCAGGGCGCACUGGUGGCUGGCCUCACUGUCCGCUACAUCUCAGACUUCUUCAAAGCCCGACCCCCGCAGCACUGUCCGAAGGAGGAGGAGCUGGAACGGAAGCCCAGCCUGUCACUGACGUUGACCCUGGGCGAGGCUGACCACAACCACUAUGGAUACCUGAACUCCUCCUCCUGAGGCUGGACCCGCCCAGGCAGGGAGCGGCUGUGAGUCCAGCUGAGGCCCACCCAGGUGCUCCCUCUGGCCCUGGUUAGGCACUGAGGGCUCUGGACGGGCUCCGGGAACCCUGGGCUGAUGGGAGCAGUGAGCUGGCUCCGCUGCCCCCUGCCCUGCACUGGACCAGGGUCUGGAGAUGCCUGGGUCGCCCUCAGCAUUUGGAGGGGAACCUGUUCCCGCCGGUCCCCAAGUAUCCCCUCGUUUUAUGGGGUUAAGGAAGGGACCGAGAGAUCAGAUAGUUGCUGUUUUGUAAAAUGUAUGUGUGGUUUUUAGUAAAAUAGGGCGUCUGUUUGACAA